AUGUCACCACACGCGACACGGGAUACAGCCGUUCCUACGGGAACCAAUAACUGGUGGAAAGAAGCUACCGUAUACCAGGUAUACCCAGCUUCCUUCUAUGACACAAAUGGUGAUGGCUGGGGCGAUAUCCCGGGUGUUGUCAAAAAGGUCGAUUACCUCCAGUCGAUAGGGGUUGACGUCGUGUGGCUAUCGCCAAUGUACGACUCACCCAUGCACGAUAUGGGCUAUGACAUCUCCGACUAUGAAAAUGUGCUCCCUGCUUAUGGAACCGUACAAGACGUGGAGAAUCUUGUGGAAGCUUGUCACUCGCGAGGCAUGAAAUUGAUUCUAGACCUGGUCGUCAACCACUCGAGCGAUCAGCAUGCUUGGUUCCAGGAAAGCCGGAGUAGCAAGGACAAUGACAAACGCGAUUGGUACUUCUGGCGCCCUCCUCGAUAUGAUGAGGCAGGCAAUCGGAUGCCCCCAAGUAAUUAUCGGGGUUAUUUUGCAGGAAGCACAUGGACCUGGGAUGAGAAGACGGAAGAAUACUACCUACACCUCUAUGCCAAAGAGCAACCCGAUCUCAACUGGGAUAACAAAGCCACACGUGAGGCCAUCUACAACAGCGCAGUGCGAUUCUGGCUAGACAAAGGUGUCGAUGGUUUCCGGGUGGACACAGUGAACAAAUACAGCAAACACACAGACUUCCCAGAUGCCCCCAUUACAGAUCCGAAAAGCUACAUCCAACCCGCCAUUGGAAUGUGGUGCAACGGCCCCCGAAUCCACGAGUUCCUCCGCGAAAUGUAUGACGAGUCACUUGCCCCGUACGGGGAUGUCAUGACUGUGGGCGAACUGGCCAAUACACCCAAUCCCAAGAAUGUCCUUGAAUAUGUGGGAGCGUCAGCUAAGGAGCUGAGCAUGGUCUUCCACUUGGACAUCGGCCAUAUUGGCAUGGGGCCUACCCUGGAGGAGAAGUACAUUUUUACGCCAUGGAAGUUGACAAAGAUGAAAUCCAUUGUGGAGAAGUGGCAGUCUUUCAUUGAGGGCACAGAUGGCUGGACUACCGCUUUCUGUGAGAAUCAUGACAAUGGACGGUCUGUCUCUCGGUUUGGAUCGGACACACCUGAAUUCCGGGAGAUCUCUGCCAAAAUGCUGGCUCUGAUGAUGGUGACCAUGACUGGGACUCUGUUCAUCUAUCAGGGACAGGAGAUUGGCAUGAUCAAUGCACCACGCGAGUGGCCCAUUGAAGAAUACAAGGACAUUGAAGGAUUGGGGUAUUACCGAGAAGCAGAGCAGCGCAGUGAGAGUGGGGCCGACCCUACUCGCAAAGAGCGCAUCAUGGAUGGUCUCCGAAUUCUAGCUCGCGAUCAUUCCAGGCUGCCAAUGCAGUGGGAUGACUCGGAACAUGCUGGUUUCACUACUGGGAAACCGUGGAUGCGAGCUCACGAUCUUUAUGGUGAGAUCAAUGUAAAGAAGCAGCAGAAUGACACAUCAAGUGUGCUAUCUUUUUGGAAGGAUGUUCUACGCCUGAGAAAGGAAUACCGGGAGUUGUUCAUCCACGGUGCAUUUGAAGUGCUUGACUACGAGAAUCAAGAGACUUUUUGUUUUGUGAAGUCGAGAGAUGAUAAACGAGCAUUGGUCGUUCUUAACUUCACUGAUAAGUCUCAGCCAUUUACACAAGCUGAGAAAACCACAGGCAUGAAAUUGCUUGUGGGCAACUACUCCGAUUCGUCACUGGAAACCUUGAAGCCCUUCGAAGGACGUGUCUAUAUUUGA